AUGCAGUCAACUGAUAUGCUAGAUUUAAUUCAAUCAACUGAUAUGCUGGAUUUGGAGACAUUGACUUCUCUGUGGAUGCAAUAUGCAGGCGUCAGAGAGGAGAGGAGUAUGGGGAUGGUGAUGAAGGAGGUAGAUGGCGAUCUUGCUCUGUUGCGCCGCUAUGAAAAUCAGAAGAACGAUCUUCUUAUCCGUAACCCCAAUGUGUUAAAUGAUCCAUCAGGAUCGAAGCGUGACCACUCUUUUGUGACGAGGGCAACUUCUUCAGAUCCUGGUCACAAUAUACUACGAAUAAAGUAA